CCAAAUUCUUAAUAAUACGCAAGUCCCACCCUCCUGCAGAAAAACUGACUGCAGGCGAGGGACUUGUGAUAAGUGUCCCUCAGCCUGGGCCCUGGGGGUGUCGGCUGUUUUGAGCAAGCCCCUCCGUUCGACAGGCUUACAUAAGUAAGCUCGCCGGUUGUGUCAGUCCUCCUCGGCUUCCGUUUCCUUCCGUUGCCCUCCCGAGUGACUCUCAACCCGCCGGUAACAAGAACGAUAACGAUGGCCGCCAAGCACUGCCUGCUGAAGCCGAGCUCAUUAGGAAUCAAACUCCGACGCACCUAUUGGACAGCGACCACUUUCCGGUCGGGUUCACCCCAAAACUUGGUCGAGACAGUCCAACAAACCAUCACGUCGUUCGCAUUUAGCGCACCAACAGGGGUAACAGCCGGACCCUCGAUCCUACUCUUCACGAUUUCUAAACGUAUUCCAUCCAAAUUUCUGGCAAGCCUGGUCCAAAGCUUCCAAGACUUGGUACCCUCGAUUGAGCCGAUUGGUUGUCUCACUGAGGAUUCCUCGAUCGGUCUUCAUUCCGUCUCGAUAGCUAGAUGGUCUGGGGCAGCGACCGAAUUAGUACCGUUCACCUCGAGCAUCCGAUCUCGCGCUUCUAUCUCUGUCGGGCGAGAGAUUCUUCCCUCUGAUAGAAACGAUUCAACGGCCGAUUACAUGGGUCAGGCUCAUCAGGUUGGCGCCGAAUCGGAUAACGUCAAUUUAUUGCCCGAAGAGCUAAGAAGAAUACCACAAAGCUCGAUCGAUAGUUUGGUCUUUUUUAGUGCACCCUCGCCCCAACCAUUCUUGAACACCCUCCAAAGAACAUUCCCCUCGGCUAAUCUGAUGGGACUCGUUGGCUCUUCCACCGCUUUUGAAACCGGAAGACAGUCUACCUUGUUUAGAAAUCGCACCAUCUUGGGUGAACAUGGGGCCGUCGGAAUCGCUAUUCUCAAACCAGUUAGUAAAUCAUUGACCAGUCCUGUAGUCAAGUAUCAGAAUAUGGAGACUCUUGGAGCACCUAUGCGAGUUACCGAGGCACAGGGCAAUAUCAUCCUGACAUUAGAUUCGAAGAGGGCAACCGGGUAUCUUCUUGAAGUGAUCAGGAACUCCGACCGUAUAAACGAAUCACAAACAUCUUCAGAGUUGAUUAUCAGCAAAGAAAAAGAAUUUUAUCUUGGAUUUUUGGAUGAACAAAACCUGGUCGUUGAAGUUUGUCGGAUUAUUGGCGGGUCUACUAGUCGUGGUACAAUGGCUCUCGACCGGGAAAGAGAAAUCAAAGUCAAUCAGAUGGUCCAGUUCAUCCAUUCAUCAGAGCUUAGCAACGGAAACAAAAUCAUUGAUGAAUCCAUACCUUCAAAAUCACCAACAACAUCGACAGAACCGAGGAAGAUGACCUUGGAAUUCGCCUGCUGUGACCCUUAUUCUAAUCCACAAGAGCAAGCUUCUAUGGAAAGUAAAGAGAUGGAAAAAGUUGAGAGAGUUGAUGGUUUGUUUUGUGGUGGGAGUGAGGCUGGUUUUGUUCCUCGACACCAACAGAUCGUUAAUCUGCUUCACUCAAGAGUCCAUUACUCUUUGUAAACUAUAGGGUAGGUAGGACUAUCUUGUGAAAUCCAAUCUUCCAUCCCCUAUCUCAUAACUUUUGUUUAAUCAGCGCCAUUGGCAAUCAUUUUCGAUUUCACUUCUUUCAAUUGGGAAAGCUCAGGUUCCUUCAACUUUGGAAAACUUGCGUACUCAGGGAACAUCCGUAAAAUUCUACAUAAUCUAAUGGUGCCAUAGGAAGACUUCUUAGCUGAUUAUGUAUCAUACAAUCACUGUUCAAAAUCCUGGAUGUACGAUCAUGGGAGAAAUUAUGGGGGGUUCAGCCGAGAUCACGCACACAUGCUGUAGACGCCGUUUGGACGGCCAAAAUCAUGUUUCAUAUCUGGGACUUGCAAUUUUUGUUUUGAAAAAAGAUGCUAGCUUUCAGGAUAUGAUAAUUCAUCGCAAAGUUGAUGCUCUUGCUGAUUGAGAAGAUUUCAUGAAAUCAUAGCCAUAUUC